CCCUCCCAGCUGUUUAAAUGAGAAUGUCCCUGGCGCAGAGGGUGCUGCUGACAUGGCUCUUCACGUUACUCUUCCUCAUCAUGUUGGUGCUGAAGUUGGAUGAGAAAGCACCGUGGAACUGGUUCCUCAUUUUUAUUCCCGUUUGGAUAUUUGACACUAUUCUUCUAGUCAUGCUCAUCGUAAAAAUGGCUGGACGUUGCAAGUCUGGCUUUGACCCUCGCAACGGCUCCCAAAACAUGAAGAAGAAAGUGUGGUAUCUCAUUGCGAUGCUGCUCAAAUUAGCCUUCUGCCUCGCCCUCUGUGCUAAACUGCAAGGAUUUACUACCAUGAAACUAGUCUACAUAUUUAUCCCUUUCUGGGUGCUGCUUAUUGGGGGUCUGGUUGAACUGGGAUACAACAUCUUAUGUGUACAAAGAGACUAA